CGAUGCGUGACAAUAACACUGCGAAGUUAUCCUCUACUACAUUCAACUGAGUAGCUGGAGCUGUAAAAGGCGCAUUUCGUCGGAUCUCAGAUCUCAGAUCCAAUAUUCUGAUUGCGGAUACCCUCAUUAGUCUCGAUCCAAGGUUUUGUAGCUUGUACUUUGCCGGAUCUUAGUCAUGUCGAGACGGCCAGUAAGCUUGACGAGACGUGUAGGUGAUAGCGCAAGCUUUCCAUUUGCAGGAGCAUUGCACUCAAAGUCACGGUCAUCUCCACUGUUAUCUAUCUGCCUUGUUCUUGUGGGGGCAUGCCUUCUCAUAGGUUAUGCUUACAGUGGCCCAGGUAUCUUCAAAAGUGUCAAAGACAUCAGCAAGGUCGCAGGUGACUAUUCUUGCACGUCAGAAGUCCAAAGCGCCAUUCCUGUUCUUAAAAAGGCUUAUGGAGACAGCAUGCGCAAAGUUCUGCACAUAGGCCCAGAUUCAUGCUCGGUGGUUUCCAGUCUGUUGAAGGAAGAAGAGACAGAAGCAUGGGGUAUCGAACCAUAUGACAUGGAGGACGCUGAUUCUCACUGCAAAAAUCUUGUGAGCAGAGGAUUUGUACGUGUGGCUGACAUCAAAUUCCCUCUGCCUUACAAAUCAAAGUCAUUCUCUCUUGUGGUUGUUUCGGAUGCUAUUGAUUACCUCUCUCCUAAAUACCUUAACAAGACUGUCCCUGAAUUGGCGAGGGUGGCUUCUGAUGGCCUCGUUCUCUUUGCAGGUUAUCCUGGUCAGCAGAGAGCUAAGGUUGCACAAUUGUCUAAAUUUGGACGACCGGCUAAAAUGCGAAGCUCGUCAUGGUGGAUCCGAUUUUUCUUCCAGUCCAACUUAGAAGAGAACGAAGCCGCGACCAAGAAGUUUGAUCAGGAUGCCUCCAAGAGAUCAUACAAGCCAAACUGUCAAGUCUUCCACCUCAAACCUUUGCAUUAGUAGGAACGUAUACCAAAAAAAAAACUAAGUUAUCUGUGUUUUUUUUAUACAUGCGCUUUUACAUUUAAAGCAAUAGAUCAAAUCCUUCCAAAAAAUUCACCCCCCGCGUAGCAGAUCCUCGUUGUAUUUCGUGUGAUAUAUUUUUGACAUUGAAUAUUGUACUCUGCCACCUAUUUAUCAAAUAUUUUCAUAUUCA